AAAAAUGAAAAAAGUGUAGUGUGAAGUUCUUUUUUGUGAAAGAUUUAAUAAAAAAAUGUAAAAUAGUUAAUAAAAUUACAUAGUUAUAGCUUAUUGCAAAAAGAAAUCGAUUAUAUAAAUUUUGUGGAAUUCCAAAAUAUUGCAAAUACUAAUGUCGUAUGAAUGAAAAAAUAAACAAAUAAAAAAGUAAAGAGUGAUACUUAAUGCAAGGAAGAAGGGUGGUGAAAAGACAACUUUUUUGUCUCCAAACAAGUCAUAUUUUUUGUGCUGAUAUUUUGAUAACAUUCAAAGGGGGCAUUGAGUUAAAAACUACCCCCUUUUAUAGAAAAAACACUAAAGUUUCCCCCUUUAAUUUAUCCGAUGGUGCGUAACAAAACCCAAUCAUCUUCAUCGUCUUCAUCAUCGGGCAAUGCCAGUAAUAGUAGCAGCACCAAAUCACCCAUACGUCAGAAUACCCAUCGUAAAUCGUCCAGUACUUGUAGUGUAGCUUUAAUAGAUGAUGUCAAACCCUCCACAUCCUCUGCCCGUCGUUCGCCUAACUCAUCACCAGAUGAUGACACUGACGAUUAUGACACUACACCCGUAACCCAAAGAUCAGCCUUUGGUUCGGUACAUAAACAAAACCUCUACGUUGUUUCAUUUCCCAUCAUAUUCCUGUUCAACAUACUACGUACGCUAAUCUAUCAGCUGUUUUGUAUAUUUCGUUAUUUGUACGGAGCCAGCACCAAAGUCAUUUAUCGUCCACACAAACGCGAAUGUAAUAUAGAAAUUGUUGUUGGUUCUUCCUCAUCGUCAGGUACAACACAAAAUUCCACUUUAACAACUGUGACAUCGAAAGAUAGACAUCAACUGCUUGAGCAGGCGCACAACGUAACUUCAACUGCAAUUGCACCGUAUCCACUUAUUGGCUCACAACGCAUACGUCCGCAACAACAAUUGGAAAUGUUUAAUCGUAAUAAUGCCAUCGCCUCAGGACCCGGUCCCGGUCCCGGUGAUCCAUUGUUGGCUAAACAGAAACAUCAUCAUCGUCGUGCUUUCGAAUAUAUUUCAAAGGCCUUGAAAAUUGACGAAGAAAACGAAGGCCACAAAGAACUAGCAAUCGAAUUAUAUCGUAAAGGAAUUAAAGAAUUGGAAGAUGGCAUUGCCGUUGACUGCUGGAGUGGCAGAGGGGAAGUUUGGGAACGUGCCCAACGUUUACAUGAUAAAAUGCAAACAAAUCUUUCCAUGGCUAGAGAUCGUUUACAUUUUCUAGAGUUGCGUGACGAACAAUUACGUUUGGAACAACUGCAUCUGAAAGAUGAAAAAGAACAAAAGGCAAAGCCAAUUGCAAAUCGUCCCAAUUUGAAAUAUAGAAAAACUACUACUCCAACUUCUACAGCAAAAUCUUCAAAUAUACAAAUUGUGCAACCCAUGCAAUUAGAUUCUAAUAGUAGUCCAACUACAAUACCAAUGGUUCGUACAAAUAAUACGACUAAGUUACGCAGCAUAGCUGCACAUAAUUUAAGAAAUAAUAAUAAUCCAAAUACAACUACUACCUCCUCAACUAGUACGGGGUCAUCUGCAGCAGCUUCUGGUCGCAAACUGACCGUUAGUUCUAAACGACCCGGUAAUUUGGCAGUUGCAAAUAAAUCCCAAACUUUACCACGUAAUUUGGGUUCGAAAAAUGCAAUAGCUAGUGUGCCACGCAUAAAAACUGCCGCUACACCACCCGCUGUACGCAGACAGUUUUCGUCCGGACGCAAUACACCUCCUCAACGAUCACGUACACCUAUCAGCGGUAUUGGCAGUGGACAAUCAAAUAGUGGUUCCAACACGCCUAGUGUUAGUGUUAAAGGUGUUGAACAGAAAUUAGUUCAAAUAAUACUCGAUGAAAUAGUCGAGGGUGGCGCUAAAGUUGAAUGGAGCGAUAUUGCUGGUCAAGAGGUUGCCAAACAGGCAUUACAGGAAAUGGUUAUUCUGCCAGCUGUACGACCAGAGUUAUUUACAGGUUUACGCGCUCCUGCUAAAGGUCUUUUACUUUUCGGUCCGCCAGGUAAUGGCAAAACUUUACUGGCACGUGCAGUAGCUACCGAAUGUAGUGCUACAUUCCUAAACAUUUCGGCAGCUUCUCUAACUAGCAAAUACGUGGGUGAUGGUGAGAAAUUAGUUAGAGCUCUCUUUGCGGUGGCCAGAGAAAUGCAACCGUCUAUAAUAUUCAUCGAUGAAGUUGAUUCUUUGCUCUCAGAACGUAGCAGUAAUGAACAUGAAGCUUCCAGACGUUUAAAAACAGAAUUUCUGGUUGAAUUUGAUGGUCUGCCAGGUAAUCCUGAUGGUGAUCGUAUUGUUGUUUUAGCAGCCACUAAUCGGCCACAGGAAUUAGAUGAGGCUGCUCUAAGAAGAUUUACGAAACGCGUUUAUGUCGCAUUGCCCGAUAUAGAGACUCGUGAAUUGUUAUUGCGACGUUUAUUACAAAAACAAGGUAGUCCUCUUGAUACGGACGCUCUUAAACGUCUGGCUAAGCUAACCGAAGGCUAUUCCGGUUCAGAUUUAACCGCUCUAGCUAAAGAUGCAGCUCUAGAACCAAUACGGGAAUUAGAUGUUGAACAGGUUAAAUGUUUGGACAUCAGUGCUAUGCGUCCUAUAACAGAAAAUGAUUUUCAUAAUUCCCUUAAGCGUAUACGUCGUUCGGUGGCACCGCAAAGUUUAACAUCUUAUGAAAAAUGGUCUCAAGAAUAUGGUGAUAUUACCAUAUAAAGUAUAAAAGAAAACUAUAUCUUAACACUCACUUUAACACCAAAACACAUACACACUCAAAUACACAAACAACAUGAAAAUACUCCACCACUAUUAACUACACAUUUAUUUAGGAUAUUUAAAUUCAUAUUAUGUUUAACAACUAUAUAAAUAUAUGAUUUUAUUCCUUACAUUAUUUAAUUAAUCUAUCACUACUACAGCAGAAACAAAUAUGUAACCACCACCACCUUCACCGUACUACUCCUCUAACCCUCCAAAAAAAAAAAAUGCAUAAAACAUCCUGCUCAUAUUUAAUUUCAACAAGCACAGAGAGCGAGUGAUAUUGUAUGGCAGUUGCAUUCUAAGGAGUUUAUUUAUAUGUGAGUGUAUCCCAAUUUCUUUUUUAUAUUUUUAUACUUUAGGUAAAUUAGUUUUAGUUUUAAUUUUGUUGUUGUCUCUUUGAUUUUUGUAAAAUAUACACACACACAUCAUGAUUCUAUUCUAUUGAUUUCAAUAGUCCUAUUAAAUGUUUCAUUUCCUAUAGACUUUACAAUUUAUGUGUGUUCUCUAUAAUCUAAUAGUUUCAUAGAGUGUUUUCUUUAAAUUUCAUUACAUUAAAAAAAUCACAAAAGUGCCCUUCGAAUAAUUUGAAAUUAAAAAUUUGUAUUUCUUGUUACAUUUCACCAAAAGAAACUUUUAACAUUUAAGGGCUUUAACAUUAACUUUAAAAUAUUGUUAUGAAAUCAUGUUUUUCUCAUGCUCUCAUAUUUCUCUCACUAGUUAGUGUAAGUUUUCCCUCCUGUAUUUUUCAUGUAAUUACAAGUUUAUGACAUUUAAGUUAAUUACAUUAAUUUGAGAUUUGUUUUAAAAUUUCACUACUAUUUUUUUAUAUUAUAAAAAAUCGUUGCCAUUUUUGAUAAAAAGAAACUUGUAAACUUUAAACAAAAAUGCUUAAUGUUCAAAUAUUAUUAUUUUUGUUUUGCUUAUAAAAUUAUUUUUAAAUCUAAUCAAACUAUUAAGUAAUAUAUAUAACAAACACUCUUCUGUUUUCAUUAUAUAAAGCCUUUAAAUAUCCUUUAAACUAUUUUGUAUGAUCUAUAACUUAUUUGAAAAUAGUACAGGUUUAUGUUUAUGAUUUAUCUUUAAUAUUUAGAAUAAACUAUUUUUGUAUAAAUUAAACUUUACCUCUUUGGCAAUAAAAUAGUUUUUCUAAAUUUAAAAAUUUUUUUAUUACAAAAUUUAUUAAACAAAUAAUGAAAAUCACUUAUUGUAUUUAUUUUAUUGUUUCUUCUACCUGAUGACAAGGGAAUGCUAUUUUAUCUUCAUUUUUUACAUCCGAGUCCCUUAGGCCAUAUAUGAUUUAUAUAUAAACAAAUAUUUCGGUGCUUGCAAACCUAAAUCUAAUUGUUUUAUUUAAAUAACGUGGUUAAUUUCCAUAACACUAUUUGAAGUUAAAAAAAAACGUUCAAACUUAAAUUUAUCAUUUUGAACAAAUUUAUAAUUCCAUUCACUCAAAUGAAAUCCUACUACAUAUUUAUAUACAAACAUGGAAAAUUUAGUAUAAGUAUGGAAAAUUUAGUAUUUUAGUACAUUUUUUAGUACUUUAGUACCCUCACGGCAUAUGAAGUACAUUUUUAUGUAAUAAAAUUUGUUUACUAAUCAAUGGACUAAUAGGAUUAGUCAAUAGACUACACUGAAAAUAAUCCAUGCCUAAUAUACAC